AUGACUGCAAUCAAUCAUCUUUUAAAUUGGGAUACUGUGGACGUGAGGGAAUACCAGCUCUACGAUGAUCCCAUUGAUACGACCUUUUCACAGCCUUGGAUAUUUGAUACGCCACAAACAAACGAUUCGAGCGAUGACCUGAUCAUAGAUCAGCAGUCAUGGAACGGUGUAUACGACGGACUUUUCAUUUCAGAUGCGGCAUGGGAAGACUUCUCCCCUGAACCUACGGUUGGAUCUAGCAUCGAGACCUGGGCGACAGAGAACCUGGCCUUCGAGAAUGACAUCCCAAAGCGUGCCGUCGAUGCUGGAAUCAGCACUCCAAUCGAAUCGGUCUCUUCCGGUCAGUCUCCGCAGCUCUGCUUUGGUAUGAUCUAUCGUACGGCCGCCAGACUCAAUGGGGUGAUGUCUCAAAUUGAGUCCAAACUUCAUUCACCAAUCGUUUCUCGAAACGCCAAUAGCUUUGUUUUCUCCGUAGGCCGUUCCGAAUCGCUCUUGGCUCUCCAAUUUCCAGACGGGACACAAUUUGCUCUUCUGAACGUCCACAUAUCCAAUGUCUUGCAGAAAAUUCUGGAUUUGCCCUCCAUAGAAUUUGAAGCUUUUGCGGAUAUUCUGACGGUGCGUGACACGAUUCGAAGGGCAACGAAGGCGAACGAAGCGACUGUACCGGUAAACAUAACCGUCUAUGGAUCCGUUGACACGAAAGAGACUGUGGAAAGCCUGUUCACUGAUAACAAAGUCUGGCUACAGCAUCCGGAGAACCCAAGGGCUGGCUCAAAAUACCAAAAUCCCCACCUUGUCACAUUCCCCGGGUUAAACACGGCCGGGUCGAAUGGACUGUCUGACAUGUUGGCCGAAGAUAACUUAGAAUCUGACAAGAACGAAAAGUUUCGACAGGCAGUUUCAGAUGUAUACUCAUCCUUGAAGAGGAACUCCCGAUUGAAGAUGGUUGAAGGCGACUCUCGGUUGAAGACUCUCCUGAUGGACCACCAGAAAAAGGCUUUGGACUUUAUGAUGCAAAGAGAGAAGGGCCCGGUUGAGUCCGAAUUCUCGCUAUGGGUGCCCGACAAGAGUGAUCCUGAAAUUGAGGCCUUUCAACAUGUCAUCACGAAAUCCAAAUCUCUUGUCAAGCCCGACGAGACCGGAGGGGGCAUUUUGGCCGAUGAAAUGGGAAUGGGAAAAUCCCUUUCGCUACUUGCGCUCGUGACGAAGACAUUGGAGAACGCAUACACCUGGCAAAGUGGUGAUGACAAAAGUCCAACUACAUUCGAAUUCUCGUAUCUGACCACAUCACGAGCAACGCUCAUUCUGGUGCCGUCUGCGCUGUUAUUGAAUGAAUGGCGCUCCGAGAUCGAAAAACACGUUGAUGGGAGUCUCAAGGUCACGACGUACCACGGCAAGUACCGGUGUCGUAAGAUUCCUGAAAUUGCCGACUCGGACAUUGUACUUACCACAUACCAUACACUCGCAACUGAAUCUGCGGCCGGGCCGGUCGACAGGAAAAGCCUCCUACACCAGGUUGCGUGGUAUCGAAUUGUGCUUGAUGAAGCGCAUAUCAUUCGGCGAAAAGAAACGACAUUCUACCAAACCGUGUCGGAUCUUGAAGGAAGGUUUCGUUGGUGUCUGACCGGCACACCGAUCCAGAACAAAUUGGACGAUAUUGGCAAUUUAUUUGCCUUUAUUAGAGCACAGCCUUUCGAAAAGGUUGCCGAAUUUCGAAGAUGGAUUGCACUUCCUUGGGAUCAAGGCCAAACUCACGCUCUGGCGUCCGAAAGGCUUGUUCGACUUAUCGACUCUGUCUGUCUCCGACGAAGCAGAGGUCUCUUGCACCUCCCAUCUAUCACCGAACAGCUACGGCCACUCAGCUUCUCUUCAGAAGAAAGGAACCAAUAUGAGCAAACGAAAAGAAGGAUGUCACGCGCCCUACAGCAGCGAGCCGGAGAAAUUGACAGAAAAAAUACGUUCGGUUUGUUUCAUGCCCAGCUGCAGCUACGAAUUCUCUGCAACCACGGUACUUUCCAGGAUCCCUAUUCUUGGACACGUCGGAACAUGCAAGUAGAGCGAGAAGAUGCGUACUACCUAUUCGGGAGGACCAAGCAAGUAAAAUGUUCUUCAUGCAAGCAAGCAAUGCCAGCCCUGAGCACCAACCAGGUAUAUCGAACUUUCACCGAAACGUGUGCCCACGUUCUCUGCGAUGAGUGCUUGGAAGAGCCAUCACAAGACUUUGGCCAUAACGAGUCAACAAGGAAAGUGUCAUGUCCUAUAUGCAGCGCUCAAAACGGUCGAAUCACCGGACGUAGCAAUCAUUCUCUGGAACCAAAGACAGGCAAGAACCAAGAUCUCGUAACACAUGGAUAUUCCACCAAAAUCAAUGCUCUGAUGUCAGACUUGCAACAAGGACUUGACUCCACCAAAAGCAUCAUCUUCUCCUGUUGGACGACCACUCUAGAUUUGAUAGAAAAGCAUCUGAAAGACAACAACAUUAAAUUUGGGAGGAUUGAUGGUGAUAGCGCUGUGUCUUGCAGACAAGAUAUCCUCCACUUAUUUUCUGUGUCGGACUCCGUGCGAGUGCUCAUUAUGACCACAGGCACAGGAGCGGUUGGCUUGAAUCUCGCAGCCGCCAACCGUAUCUUCAUCGUCGAACCACAAUGGAAUCCUAGCAUCGAGAAUCAAGCCAUUGGCCGAGCUGAGCGCUUGGGCCAGAGACAGCAUGUCCAGGUGAUCCGAUAUGUGAUCAAAGACACUGUUGAGAUGGUACGUCGAAUUUCCGAUCACUAA